AUGGGCACCGUCCACGUCCUGGAUAACUACUACCUCGCCAUUUCCCUCCUUAUUACGGUCGCCUACCAACUCUUUUUCUUCUCCAUUGCAUUCAGUCUCAAAUUCGACAAAUUAACUGAUUUUGCUGGUGGUACAAAUUUCGUCGUUCUUGCCAUUGUCACUCUUGCGCUCGGCGGUGAUCGUGGAAAUGCACGCAAUAUCGUCGCUUCGAUUUUCAUCAUGGCCUGGGGAGCACGUCUCUCGGGUUUUCUUCUUUUCCGGAUCUUGAAAACUGGGUCAGAUGAUAGAUUUGACGAUAAACGCGACAAAUUCUUCCCGUUUCUGGGGUUCUGGGUAGCCCAAAUGCUCUGGGUCUGGGUUGUCUCACUGCCCGUCACAAUCCUCAACUCCCCCAACGUAUCCCAAUUCUCGCAACCUUCCUUCGGCACCGCCUGCGACAUAGCAGGGGUAAUCCUAUUUUCCAUUGGCUUCAUCAUGGAAUCCGUCUCCGAUAUCCAAAAGUACCGCUUCCGUAGCGCUCAUGGUCGUGACGGAUCCGUAUGCGACGUUGGUUUCUUCAAGUACACGCGCCACCCCAAUUACUUUGGCGAAAUCCUCAUUCAAUUCGGCAUCUUCACCAUCGCCGUUGCCCCGGCCGCCAACCAUCGCACUAGCGGCGGCGCAACAUCAGCACUAUACGCAUCAAUUCUGGGGUCAAUCUUCCUCACUACGCUAUUGAUGUUCGUGUCCGGGUUGAAUCUGCAAGAGCGGCCCGGCGCGAAGAAGCGGUACGAAAAGGGUGACAACUGGGAUGGGUACGCUACCUACCUUCGCCGCACGAGCAUUCUGGUCCCCUUUCCGCCGAGCGUUUACGAGAAGCUACCUGUAUUCUUGAAGCAGACUAUCUUCCUCGAGUUCCCCAUUUAUGUGUUCGAUCCAGCGAAGCAUGCAGAUCAAGCGAAGACGCAGAGCAAUGCGGCGGAAGAGGGCAGAGGAAGCGUUGAGAACGGAAGGGGAAGUGAGGAGCAGAACCUACAUAAUUAA